AUGGCCUUGUCUAUUAUCACCAAUCUGAGCACCCUGAGCACGCCAGCGCUCUGCGGUUGGCUCACAGCCCUCCUUGCCAUAGGGUACGUCGUGAGGGCCAUUCAGACAUGGUAUCCUCUCAGGCACGUCCCGGGACCCCGUCUUGCCUCCUUCUCUUACCUCUGGAUGCUGUGGAACGAUAUCCGGGGCACGAACUUCGAGAAGUACGCCAAUUUCGGCAAGUAUGGCUCUCUCGUCCGCAACGGCCCCAGGUCUCUGGUCACAGAUGACCCGGAAGUCCUUCGGAAGAUAUCUGGCGCUCGGAGCCGGUACACAAGGGACGAGCACUACUACUCGGCCAGCAGGGUCGAGGCAGAUAGGGAGAAUAUGAUUACGAUCCUCGACACGGCUAGACACGACGCCUGGAAGGCUAAAGUGGCCAGUGGUUACAGUGGAAAGGAGAAUCCGGAUCUCGAACAAGCGGUCGACGCACAAGUCAUGCGACUGGUUGAUCUGAUUCGGCGCAAAUACCUCUCUACCAGUGGCAAUCUGCGUGCCGUUGACUUCGCCCUGCUCAGCCGAUACUUCACGACCGACGUCGUCAGCCGUCUCGGCCACGGCAAGGCGAUAGGCCACCUAGACGAAGGAGAGGAUGUGUUUGGGUGGUUUGGCGAUGUUAAGAAGCUCAUAGUAUUCCUGAUAGCCACGGAUAUCCCGUGGAUCCGGAGGGUUGUCAUGUGGAAACCCUUGUUCCGCCGCUUUGGGCCGAAGCCCACCGACAGAAGAGGCAUAGGAAGAGUUCUAGGGUACACGCGGAACAUUAUUGCAGAACACUUCGAGAAAGACGCAGAGCCUCAUCAAGACAUGUUUGGCGCGUUCAUACGCCGAGGCCUUACAAAGGAACAACUGGAAGGAGAGGCUGUGCUGCAGCUUGUGGGAGGCUCAGAUACAACAGCUACCACUAUCCGCGCGGUUAUCUUGCAUCUUGCUACCUCACCCUCUGCUUACAACCAGCUCAAGGCCGAGAUAAAGGAAGCCAUUUCACAGGGCCGAGCUUCAUCUCCAAUCACCCUUCAGGAAGCCCUGAAGCUGCCCUACCUACAGGCCGUAAUCUGGGAGGGCUUCCGCAUGAGGACUCCCGUGACCUGGGGGCAUUACAAAGUCGUCCCUCCGGAGGGCGACACCAUCAACGGGCUGUUCAUCCCCGGAGGCACGGCCAUCGGGCACAACUCAUUGGCGCUCGCACGGCGCAAGGACAUCUGGGGCGACGACGCAGCCGUCUUCCGGCCGGAGCGCUGGCUCGAAUGCAGCGCUGAGAAGAAAAUGGAGAUGGACCGCGCGGUUGAGAUAGUCUUUGGCGGGGGUCGGUGGAUGUGUGCUGGUAAGCCGAUCGCCGUCAUGGAGUUGAAUAAAGUCUUCUUCGAGGUGAGACUCCCCAGUCACGGCCUCUUGCUGGUAUGCCAUGCCCACCAGCCCAGCUGA